AAAACCCCCACAGCCCAUGCCAUGAAGGAGGAGAACUUCCUUCGCCGCAGGUUCUCCCUCUGCCCAGCCUCCUCCACCCCUCAGAAGGUCGACCCUCGCAAGCUGACGCGCAACCUCUUCUUCGGGGCCGACAAUGAGAUCUACCCGCUCAGCCCAGGAAAAGACGUGGAAGGAAACAGCCCCUCAGCACUGAAGGAUGAGACACCACAGACUCCAAACUCCAUUAGUAAGAUCGAAUAUAAGCUUUGCAAUGGGUCUGACAAAGAGUGUGUGUCUCCCACAGCCAAAUUCACGAAGAAGGAAACACUGAAGGUACAAAAAAAAAAUUACAGACAGGAGAAGAAAAGAGCUACCAAACAACUCUUCAGUGCUCUGAAGGAUCCCAGCGUAGUGAUCACAGCAGACUGGCUGAAGAUUCGUGGGACUCUGAAGAGCUGGACCAAGCUGUGGUGUGUUCUGAAGCCAGGAGUGCUGCUGAUUUAUAAGACACCAAAGAUUGGACAGUGGGUUGGGACAAUCUUGCUCCAUUCUUGUGAGCUGAUAGAGAGACCCUCCAAAAAGGAUGGCUUCUGUUUUAAACUUUUUCAUCCACUGGAUCAAUCAAUCUGGGCUGUAAAGGGCCCAAAGGGAGAAAACGUUGGUUCCAUCACUCAGCCUCUUCCCAGCAGCUACCUGAUUUUCAGAGCAGCCUCCGAAUCAGAUG